AUGCUUUUCCGACCCGAGGAUAUGUCUACUUUCUCCGUGGAAAUUGAUGCCGCUACAAUGACGACAGUUCCAGGUUCCUCGCCGUUCGCGAAGAAAUAUGUGACGCGUGCCUGCGACACCUGCAAGAAGAGGAAAUGCAAAUGUGACGGCCUGGAGCCAUGUUAUAGAUGUGCAUCAUUCCGAUUAGAUUGCAGCUACAACGCUUCAUAUAAGAGGGUGAAGAGACGUAAAUUGGAUAAUGACCAAGCUCGAGCUGGGAGGCGGCCAAGUCCGCAACAAAAUGAGUCUAUCAGUAACAGCCCAAAUGGGACGGACGACGCUCGACUAUCGACAGAGACAGAAGGAGAUGCCGGAGACGCCAGCGCCCACGCCUUUCUCAAAAGCGUCUACACUCAUCUACAAUCAAUGGGACAAGUCCUUCCCCGUAAUCUUCAUCGACCAGCGGAGCAAAUCCUCGAGGGCGAUUCAGUCGCAUCCAUCUUCUUUCCGCCAGAACGCCAUUUUGCGCAGGAGUAUAUUGAUUGUUUCUACGAGCACUCUAAUGCCACGUAUCGGUAUAUCCCGAGGUCGCAAAUCGAACACCUCCUGGCUGGGUUCUACGGUCAGGAAGAAGAAUUCCUGCAGGAUGAUGCGAGUAUAGCCGUUCUGCUUCUUGUUAUGGCUGUUGGUUGUGUAUGGUUGGCUUCCUGGCGUAAUCUCGAUCUAGAAGAACAAAAGACCAAGGGUUCUCGACUGUUUAAAGCUGGAAGAAGAAGACUUGCUCAAGUAGCCACUGUAUAUCCACCAACCACCACUAUCUUACAAGGGCACGUACUGGAGUGUCAAUUCUACCUAGCGCUGAAUAUGUUUAAUACAGCUUGGGUUUCGCUGGGGAAUGCUAUACGACUAGGGCAAGUGGCUGGUCUCCAAAGAGCAGUCAAACAAGAGUAUAGUCUGAAAGAGUGGUCACGACGCGGAAUCUUUUGGUCGCUAUACAUGAUGGAUAGGUAUCUCUCUGCUGCAUUGGGUAGACCCAUGGCAUUGGAUGACGUCGAUAUCACCCUUCCCUAUCCAAGGCCUGGGCUUGAGGAAGAUUUGGGUAAGAAUGAGGUUGGCUUGACGAAAGGAGUAGUAGCUCAUAUAAGGCUCACCCAAAUAACGGGCAGGAUCCUGAAGCAGCUAUACCCAGCAGUCAAACACCCCAGGACCCCAAAGAGCGACGACAUUGUAAUGGACAUCGAGCUCGACCUUCAAAUUUGGCUAGAAGAAACACCCUCCUUCUUCCACCCAAAAAGUGAUGAUGACAGAAGUGAAGCCGGUGAUUGUUUGGCGUUUUUUGAGAUUCCAUGGAUUUUCAAACGACAACAACGAACCGUCCGAGCGGCAUACAAUUUCACUACCAUUCUUCUAUACAGAGGCUAUCUCCUCGAUGAGUUUCUACAGCCGAAUGUCCCCCGCCGCCGAAUACCAUCAUCCAAGCCAGCUGUUGAGAAAUGCGUUGAAGCAGCACUCCGGCUGGCAUCUUUCGCCGCUGAUAUUGAGGCAGACGAGACAUACAACUCGGUAUAUUGGGUAACAACCCAUUUCACGUUCUGUGCCAUCUCGAUAUUGACAGUGUAUAUGACUCUCUACAAUGACCCAGAUCAGCAGAGGAUUAUCGAGGCAGUCCUUGAAAGGGCCAUGAGAGGCCACCGGAAAUUAGACAACAGCAUUAACAACCAGUCACAACGAUUACUUGAAGAAUCAAGGUCCAUUGCUCAAGCUAUUCAGGCCAGUCCUCCUGAAUAUCCAUCGAGAAUGCAAAGGCAAGACUUGACAGCUUCACACCUCUGUGAAAGAAGUUCCACUAUACCCAUUAGCAACGAAGUCGCAGCACAAAGCGAUGAGCACUUGGAUUCAAUAUACAAUGAAACAGGAUGGGACCCCCAGGGCUACGCAAACAUCCUCCACGGCGAAGGUCUAGGCGUGAUCAUGAACAUCGGAUUCGACACCUCACUGAGUCCUCUAAAUAGCUUCCUCCCACCGUAG